CUUCUCUUUCUUUUGAGAUCUGCUUCUUUCCACCUCUUCUCAAAAUGUUUCCUAGACUAGCCACUUGGCUCCUCAUAUGGUUUGGAAUAACCUUCCCUGCUUAUCCGGCGGCUAAACAGUGGCCUCAAGGGACAACGACCAGGUUCUAUGACUUCAAGAUACAAACCACAAGGGUGAACAAACUGUGCAACUCGAACGAGAUUGUCACAGUCAACAACAUGUUUCCUGGUCCAGUGGUCUAUGCUCAAGAAGGAGACAGGUUGAUCAUUAAAGUCACAAACUUGUCUCCUUACAAUGCUACCAUCCACUGGCACGGAGUAAGGCAGAUACUGUCGUGCUGGUUUGAUGGACCUUCCUAUAUUACACAGUGUCCGAUCACUCCUGGCCAGAGUUUUACCUAUGAGUUUACCAUGGUGAAGCAACGGGGCACCUUCUUUUGGCAUGCACAUGUGUCUUGGCUUAGGGCCACCGUUUAUGGUGCCCUUAUAGUUUACCCAAAGGCCGGGGUACCUUACCCUUUUCCUUUUCCAUAUGAAGAGCACAUCAUAAUCCUGGGGGAAUACUGGAGCCAGGAUAUAGUGCAACUAGAACGCCAAGUCAUAGCAAGUGGAGGAGUGCCCCCGCCCGCUAAUGCUUAUACCAUUAAUGGUCAUCCUGGCCCUAACUACAACUGCUCUACCAAUGGUAAUAUUGCUUAUGUGUAUAAGAUAGAUCUCGUCCCGGGGAAGACAUACUUGUUGAGGCUAAUAAAUGCAGGUUUAAACACAGAGAACUUCUUUGCUAUUGCAAAUCACAAAUUGACAAUAGUAGAAGCAGAUGCAGAAUACACAAAGCCCUUCACCACCGACCGUGUAAUGCUAGGACCGGGCCAGACGCUAAAUGUACUGGUCAAGGCUGACCAGCCAAUAGCAAGAUAUUCCAUGGCCAUAGGUCCUUACAUCUCAGCCAGGAAUGCCCAAUUUCAGAACAUAACAUCUGUAGCUUACUUCCAGUACUCAGGAGCAGUGCCUAGCAGCUUAUCAUUGCCUGCCAGACUGCCAAACAUCAAUGACAAUUUAGCAGUGAAGACAGUGAUGGACGGAUUAAAAGGUCUUAACACAAAGGAUGAUGUUCCAAAAGAGAUUGACGCCACACUUUUUCUCACUAUUGGGUUGAAUGUCAAUAAGUGCCGUUCCCCAACGCCCCAGCAAAACUGUCAGGGUAUGAACAAUGGAACAAUGGCAGCUUCCAUGAACAACAUAAGUUUCAUUAAGCCCACGGUUUCGGUUCUGGAGUCCUACUACAAAGGAUUUGAAGAUUAUUUCACUCCCGAUUUCCCAGCGGCACCCCUUAGAUUCUAUGACUUUGUGAAUGGAGCACCUAACAGUGCUCCUAAUGACACCAAUGCAAUGAACGGGACUAGGACCAAGGUGAUUGAGUAUGGGACCAGGGUACAAAUCAUCUUGCAGGACACUGGGACAGUUACAACAGAGAAUCACCCUAUUCAUCUCCAUGGCUAUAGUUUCUAUGUCGUAGGAUAUGGAAGUGGGAACUACAAUCCUCAAACAGCUAAUCUCAAUUUGGUUGACCCCCCAUACAUGAACACAAUUGGAGUUCCAGUAGGCGGUUGGGCUGCCAUCAGAUUCAAGGCUGACAAUCCAGGGGUUUGGUUCAUCCAUUGCCACUUUGACCUACAUCAGUCAUGGGGAUUAGCUACAGCUCUGAUAGUUAAGAAUGGGGUUGGGCACUUAGAGACACUUCCUCAUCCUCCUGCAGACCUCCCGCGUUGCUAGAGCUGCUUGGAUUUUUAAAAGAAGUGCCGGAAAAAACUGUCACUGUGAUAUGCUAAUGAUUGCAAUUCUUUUGAAAAAGUGUGCUAUAUGAAUGAUUUAUAGUCUUUCAUCCAAUCUGUGUGGUUUAAGCAACUAGACGAUGG